AUGGAUCCGCUCAACAUAAAGCUGGAAGUGCCGGAUUUGCCACUUCCUCUCGGGGACGAUGGCUUGAUGAUGUCCAGUGCAGAUUUCCUGCCGACCGAAAAUGACCUGUUUCUGGGCGAUGAUGACGACGACGUGAUCGUGGUGCAUAUGGAUUUGCGCGAAAAUCUGUCCACCCUACGGGGGCUGGUCGAACGGCGGAUUGGUCUUUCGCUGAGACACUACGAGUUCUGGCUGCAAGGUUCCACGAUGCUCGAAUCACACAAGAACCUGGUCGACCAGUGUGUGCAGGGCGAAGGGCUGGUGCAGAUCAACGUCCAGGUGCAACCGAACAAGCGACGCAUAAACAUUGCGGAUGUAUUAAAACCGACGGACGAGGUACUUGAAACGUACCAGCGCGAAAUCGAACAAGCGGCCAAGGAAGCGGAAGCUGCUGCAGCGGCCAAGCGAGCGGCGGAAGAGGAAGCGGCUGCAGCUGAAGCUAUCGCCGCGGCGGAAGCGGAAUUAGACAAGCGCACUGUUGCGGACAGUCUCAACGGAACGGAUGCAUCCUCUAAGACGAACCAGACAAAUGAAUCACACGAAACGGCCAUUGCCGUUGCUGCCAUCAUAGACUCGGUUAGUGUGGAGGAGCGCGAAAAGGAACGCGAAAAAGAGCGCCGGAACGAAAGGGAGCGUCAGGCAAACGAAAUGGUCGGGAAGCUUAUACCUGCAAUCAAGGAAGAAGUUCAUGGUUUCGCGGACCAUUCAAUGGAUGAUUGUGAUGAAUCAGAUGGAGAGAUCGGCGAUGAACCGUUGGCCGCCCUGCCAUGGGUUUACGACAGUGCGUUUAAACGUGACCAGCAGCGUUUAAACAUUCCGGACGAUCCGUUAGAGUGGACGGUGGCCCAGGUGAAGCACUGGAUCCAAUGGGCGGUACGGACGUUUAAUCUGAAUGGCAUUAAGCUACAGGACUGGAGCAUCAGCGGCAAAGAGUUGUGCGAGUUGGAUUCGGACGAGUUCAAGCUGAAAGCGCCGAACGAUCCGGGCGGUUUGUUCUGGAUGCAUUUAGAGCUGCUUCGACGUCACAAGAUUGUUGCCGCGCUACAGAAACCAAUCGAAGGCGAAAAGCUCGUUGAAAUGACCAUUCGCAGGAAAAUACCGAAAGUUAAUAUAGGCAGCAAAAACGAUGACUUUAGCUACUGUGGCAAUCGAACUGGGAAUAACGGACAGAUCCAGCUGUGGCAGUUUUUACUGGAAAUUCUUACAGACCGGGAACACCGUGCGAUUAUUCAAUGGAUGGGUACCGACGGGGAGUUCAAGUUGUGCAAUCCGGAACUAGUGGCACAGCUGUGGGGCGAACGUAAGAACAAACCGACGAUGAACUACGAGAAGCUGUCCCGCGCUUUGCGCUACUAUUACGACGGAGAUAUGAUUUCGAAGGUGCACGGGAAGAGGUUCGUGUAUAAAUUCGUGUGCGAUUUGCGCGAGCUGCUCGGGUACGAUGCGUCCGAACUUGCGGCACUCGUCAACGAAGGCUCCCCAGUUAGUACCAAUAUCCAGUACGAGAACCAUAAUUAUGAUGUUGAUUUCGAUUGAUCGAUUUUGCAGAGGAUUGUGUUUUACUUACUGACAGGGUUUUUCUUAGUAAUGGGACAACUGUUAACAAUUUCCUUUUGAUAAUCAAGUUUGGGCUGCGCGAAAGCAGCUGAAUAAUGAUAGUAGCCUUACAGUUAUACUUUUUUUAAUUGAAUUAGGGAUGAGGUUUCUAACAAUUAUUCUAUUUUGUGCAUUUUUUUGUUUUAUAUAAAGAUUGGAAAAUAG